CGCAAACUCCAGUCAAAUUGUCAACAUCAUAGAACAUAGAGCGAAAAAAAAUAAAAUAAAAGUAUGGUGACCAAGUGAUAAUAAGUGUAACACAGUUAAUGUAAUAUUGGUCUUUGUUUUCCUUGAUUUUUAAGGGCCUCGAGUGAUUGAGCGUUUGAUUUAUUGAUUUAUACAACAUGUCCGGCUUCGACGACAAUCCCUUCGUGGAGCCCACGAUUGAUAAUCCCUUCGCCGACCCAGCAGUUCAACAAGUUACAAAUAAUGUUAAUGCUCAAAUUAAUGUUGAAGAUUAUAAUCCAUUCGAAAAUCAACCGAAUCAACGACCAAUUGGUUAUAAACAAGGCAACUCUGAACCAGCUAUAAUGCAGCCCAUACAGGAUCCUCCAAUGUACACCAGAAGUGCACAACAGACACAGCCUCAUGCAGUGCUGAACACUGCUGAAUUGCAGAGGAAACAAGAGGAACUGGAACGCAAAGAAGAGGAACUAGCAAGGAGGGAAGAAGAAAUGAGGCAGAGCUCCUACAAUGUUAGAAGGAACAACUGGCCUCCUCUGCCUGAGCAAUGCUGUUUUCAGCCUUGCUUUUAUCAAGACAUAAAUGUAGAUAUACCGCUUGAAUUCCAAAAAAUCGUCAGACAUCUCUACUACUUAUGGAUGUUUCACGGAAUGGUCAUGAUACUAAAUGUUAUUGGUGGCAUAGUAUUAAUGAGGUUCACUGUUAUUGGCCUGGGGAUUUUGUUCACCCUCCUGUUCACGCCGUUCUCUUAUCUUUGCUGGUUCCGUCCGGCAUAUAAGGCUUUCAAGUCGGACUCUUCGUUCAACUUCAUGGUGUUUUUCUUUGUAUUCUUCUUCCAAUUCGUUAUCACGACGGUACAAGCCAUCGGGAUUCCCGGAUCGGGAACCAUAGGACUCAUUAUUGCGUUGAAUGUAUUUGAUGGCACCGUUUUGGGAAUAUUGUCUGGAAUAUUUUCUCUGCUUAUCGCUCUCGGCUUUGCUUGCGCGGCGGCCGCUGAUAUAUUUUUAAUUUCCAAGAUUCAUCGCAUGUACAGAAGUACCGGUGCCAGUUUUGCAAAGGCUCAGGCUGAAUUUACUACUGAAUUCUUGAGGAACUCGCACGUCAGAGAAGCCGCAUCCGAUGUGGCUGCUGCUGCCGUCCAGUCGCGUUUCCAAACUCCGGAAAACAGAUACUAAGAAUUAUUCACUUUAGUAUAUAUAUCUAUAAGUAGAGGUGGGCGUUCACGUUCACCCGCCACGCCCACUCUUCCCACAAGCCACACCUCUUAUGGUCUUAUGGGAGGAGUGCGAAUGGCUGUGUUUAGUCAUAAACUGUUAACGAUUAUACAUUAUUUUUAAAAAAACACUAUUAAGCUUUACAGGAUUAUUUGCUUCGCAUAAUUUAUACAAAUUCUGACUAAUUGUAUAUUUUGAGUGAAUGUAUUUGUUGUAUUUUGUUUAUAUCUUUUAUUUUUUUUGUUCAGUUCAUGUUGUAUAGUACAUAAUUGUAGAUUGAUUUGUACUUAACAUUAAUUUCUCACAAUCUAUACACACUACUAUUAUCUUUCUUUAAUCCUCCCAAAAUAAAAAUGUCAGUAAUUUUUAUAUAUAUAAUAUAUUAAGUUAUUCACAUUAUAAUUAAUUUUUAAUGUUCACCAAAUAAACGAAGUAAUUAAUGAACUGAAAUGACAACAAAACAUCGUUUAGAUCUUCGCAGAUUUUGUUUUUAACGACGAGCAUUGUUAUUGAAACAGUUGAAAAGUGUUCACUGCGAAUGACAACAAAAAUCUAAUCUAUAUUUUUAUCAGAAAAUCUCAUCAUAUACAAUAGAGUGAAAAGCAAACUAAAAAUUGCUUUUUUUUUAUUGAUCGAUCGAUUAAUCAAUUAAAGGAGGGUCAAUAUACUAAAGAAUUUUAAAAAU